UCCGUGUCGGUUUAGAGAUUGAACGACUAAGAAGAACCAAUAGGACCGCCGCAAAAGUCUGCUUAAUUCAAUUCACCGGCCACCGGCUUUCAUUGCUCAUUCUCUAUCUCUACGUUAUCUCCCCGGCGAAGACGAUUACUAACAACACUGAGAUUCGGUAGUCGCUAUGGUUAAUCACCAACUGAAUCUUAACCAGAAGCGCCCGAUGAAUGAAGAUGAUGGCGAUUCAAACAAACCUCCAGCUGCAAAGAGAGUGAGGUUUCCAAAGGGUAAGAAAGUGAAACCUGGGAAUGAUGUUGUGGAUUUGCGGAAGAAUAGUGAAAAUGCCGGUCCACAGAAUGAGGCUCAUUUGGCUGCGAAAGAACGAUCUAGGCAGAGGAAUCAAAUGACUACUGAUCUCCUAAUUGAUGAAGGCGAUCAACUUCCUGACAUAUCUGCUGCAGAAGUGCGCUAUGAGGUUGAUGACACAUUUGUUGAUGAUGGAGUUCAUAUAGAGCCAUUUAAUCUUGAAAAGGAGAGGGAGGAAGGGUAUUUUGAUGAGCAAGGGAAUUAUGUUGAAUAUGUAAUAGAAAACGAAAUAAAGGAUGCUUGGCUUGAUAGCGUUGACAUUAAUCAAAAUAUCUAUAAGAAGAGUUCUUCUACGAUGACGGAUGUUGAGGAUGUGACGGAGCUUUCUUCUAGUGAAAUUGGAAAGAUGAAGAGGCGUAUCGCAAAUGUUCUUGAACCUGGAGAAACGGUUCUGAAAGCUCUGAGAAGGUUGAAAGGGAACUCACAAAACAAGAAGGAAAAAAUGUCAGCUGAAACUAAAGUUAUAUUUGAUCAACUAACUGAAGAUGCGAUGAAGUUGUUGGAGAAUGGGGACUACGAUGUCUAUAAUGAGAAGAGAGAAGUGUUUCAGAGAGAGGCAGAGGGAUAUGAAUUGUUAGCAGUAGCAAGAAGAGAGGAAGGAUCUUCAAAUACUAAUGCAUCUGUUUCAGAAACUAAAGGGAAUGAUGACGAUUUUGACAUGUUUGGUGAAGAUGAUGAAAAUGUCACCGCCAAUGAAUCCUCAACUGGGGAUGGUGUAAUUUCUGGUCAGCCUUCUCAAAGCGGAGAAUUGCAGAAUGACUAUGUGUAUGACGAGUCAUCUGGUUACUACUACAGCAGUUCAUUGGGAUACUAUUAUGAUUCGUCUUCAGGGUUUUACUGCUCUGCUGCAACGGGGAAAUGGUGCUCUUAUAAUGAGGAGACAGGUGCAUAUGAUGAGAUUCAAGAAGAAGCUGCUGCUGCUGCCAAACUUGAUGAUGUUUGAUCCUCGUUUUUUUUAUAGUCUGUUUGUGGGAUCUACUAACAGUGUCAUUUAUUAAAUUUUGGUGUUAGUAAGAGUUAAACAUGCACAAAGGAUGUCAGCCUUUUUAGGCAAGCAGGGGAUCUCUCUAAAUGUAUUGCAUUUUCCCUUUUUUUAUGAA